CCUCCUCUCAUUUGUUUUGGAGCAGCACAUGACUCUAAGAGAAGCACCAAUGGCCUGCAGCUUAGGCAUGGUGACGAGUGCCUUGUUUUGGUCUGUAGCCAUUGUAUAUUUGACUCAUAUUGGCAAAGUCAGUGGAGACUGCUGGUUAAUUGAGGGUGAAAAGGGCUUUGUGUGGCUUGCAAUUUGCAGCCAAAACCAACCACCUUAUGAGGCCAUCCCACAGCAUAUCAACAGCACCAUUGUGGACCUUCGUCUGAAUGAAAACAAAAUCAAAAGUAUCCAAUAUUCUGCCCUUAGUCGCUUUGCCAACUUGACCUACCUGAACCUGACAAAGAAUGAAAUCUCCUACAUAGAGGAUGGCGCCUUUUCUGCUCAGUUUAACUUACAAGUCCUUCAAAUGGGCUUCAACAAGUUGCGGAACCUGACAGAGGGGAUCCUCCGGGGUUUAGGAAAGCUGCAGUACCUCUACCUCCAGGCAAACCUGAUUGAGACUGUGACACCCAAUGCCUUUUGGGAAUGCCCCAACAUUGAGAACAUUGACCUCUCCAUGAACCGAAUACAGCAGUUAGACGGGUCCACGUUUACCAGUUUGACUAAACUGACCACCUGCGAGCUGUACACCAACCCUUUCAACUGCUCGUGUGAAUUACUUGGUUUUGUCAAAUGGCUCUCAGUUUUCCCUAACAGGACGAAUGAGCGGAUGGUCUGCGACUCCCCACCUGGCGUCUCUGGUUAUAGUUUACUGAGCCAGAAUCCUAACAAUCCAACAUAUCGAAAUGCGCUUCACAUGCUCACAACUGUAUGCACUGAUGACUAUGUGACACCAUUUAUUCCUGUACCCACUGAGCCCACAACACCCCCACCGGACUUGACACUUUGUGGGCUGGAAGAUUGUCCCUCAGGCACAGAACCAGAAGACAUUACUAUCAGUACAACAUACAAUGAUGUGGAAGUAAACCCCCUGAUGAAACUGAAGCAAGUAUCGAAUACAGGUGCCACCAUCACAGUUCAGAUUCCUCAUCCAUACAAGAAGAUGUACAUCCUGGUUCUGUACAACAACAGCUUUUUCACCGAUAUUCAAAACCUGAAAGAUAUAAAGGAGGACAUUGAACUAAAAAACCUUAAACCCCACACUAACUACACAUACUGUGUUGCUUCGAUACGUAAUUCUCUUAGACACAACCACACUUGUCUGACAAUCACUACUGGCCCUUGGAAUGGAAAGGAUAGAGUUGUAAACAAUGCAACUGCUACUCACUACAUUAUGACAAUUUUAGGCUGCCUCUUUAGCAUGGUUAUUUUUCUAGGUGUGGUCUACUAUUGCUUGCGAAGAAAGCGUCAGCAAGAUGAAAAGCACAAAAAAGCAGGUAGCCUGAAGAAAAAUAUAAUGGAACUCAAAUAUGGACAAGAACUGGAGGGAGGGACUAUUUCUCGAAUGUCACAGAAGCAGUUGUUGGCCGGAGAGAGCAUGGCACGUAUGCCGUAUUUACCAUCUGCAGGUGAAAUGGAGCAGUACAAAUUUCAAGAGAUAAGUGAUACACCUAAAAUGAUGAAAGGCAAUUACAUGGAUGUGCGAAGCGUGGACCACCAUGAACGCAGAGAGUGUGACAUAGGAAUGGCUGGAAAUAGCCAGGGGUCGGUGGCAGAGAUUUCCACCAUUGCCAAAGAGGUGGAUAAAGUCAAUCAGAUAAUUAACAACUGUAUAGACGCUCUAAAGUCAGAAUCCACCUCUUUCCAAGGGGUGAAAUCUGGAGCAGUGUCCACUGCAGAGCCCCAGCUCGUACUAAUAUCAGAACACCCACAGAGUAAAUCUGGCCUUCUGUCCCCAGUGUAUAAGGACAGCUACCACCAUUCUCUGCAGAGGCAUCGGACCUCUGAUGUCUCGCCAAAGAGGCCCAGCACUGCCACAGGAGGGCCCAUGCGAAGCCCCAGGCCUUAUCGCUCUGAAUCCAAGUACAUAGAGAAAGCCUCCCCAACAGGAGAGACUCUCCUCACAGUAACACCUGCUGCCGCCAUCCUGAGGGCUGAGGCUGAGAAGAUGCGUCAAUACAGUGACCACCGGCACUCAUAUCCUGAUGCUCAGAUAGAGGAGCUUGAAGGACCUGAUGGCCACAAGUCCUCCAUGUUGGAGCCUCUUACUCACUCCCGCUCCAGAGACUUAGCAUAUUCCCAGCUGCCAUCUCAGUAUCACAAUCUAAGCUACUCCUCCAGUCCCGAAUACUACUGCAAACCAUCACACAGUAUCUGGGAGCGAUUUAAACUCCACCGGAAACGGCACAAAGAUGACGAGUACAUGGCUGCAGGCCAUGCACUGCGUAAGAAAGUCCAGUUUGCAAAGGAUGAGGACUUGCAUGAUAUUUUAGACUACUGGAAAGGUGUAUCAGCCCAACAUAAAUCAUAA